AUGUCGUGGCUUUUUGGAAACAACACGCCUGCCGCUGACGAAACCGCUGCUGCGGGCGGCCGAGACACGUCCAAGCCCAAGGAACUGUCGUUGAAGCAGAGUUUGGGCUUCGAGCCUAACAUUAAUAACAUAAUAUCAGGUCCCGGUGGGAUGCAUGUCGACACCGCCAGGCUGCACCCGUUGGCCGGCCUGGACAAAGGUGUGGAGUACCUGGACCUGGAAGAUGAACAGCUAUCCUCGUUAGAGGGUUCACAAGGUCUUAUUCCCUCUCGUGGGUGGACCGAUGACCUGUGUUACGGUACCGGCGCCGUAUACCUGCUCGGGCUUGGUGUCGGGGGGGUUUCCGGGAUGAUGCAGGGUCUGCAGAACAUUCCGGCCAACAGCCCUGGGAAGCUACAAUUGAAUACCGUGCUGAACCACAUCACUAAGAGAGGGCCUUUCCUGGGUAACAACGCGGGGAUUCUCGCGUUGAGCUACAAUAUCGUCAACUCCACGAUCGACACAUUAAGAGGCAAGCAUGACGCCGCGGGCUCCGUUGGCGCAGGGGCACUCACGGGUGCCCUGUUCAAGUCUUCAAAGGGCCUGAAGCCUAUGGGUUACUCCUCCGUAAUGGUAGCCGCCGCCUGCGCUGUCUGGUGCGGCGUCAAGAAAAGACUACUUCAAAAAAACUAA